AUGAAACGUUCUGACAAGGAUGUCUCUGUUGGCGAGUACGACCCGGUGACAGGGCUGACGCACAUCACACACCAUCGCGGCCGUCUAUUGUUUAACAUGGGUGCUAGCUUUAAGAAGCGACAGCGUCGAGGGCUUUCAGUUGAUAAUAUUCCCAAGGCAUUGCCCCCCUCGACCUCAAUUGGAACCUUCACGGGACUCUCACUGUACCCAGAGGAGGCCUACUAUUUGUUACAACAAGGAGCAAUAAUAAUCUACAUUAUGCCUCACGAUGGCAAUGAUGCCCAUGAGAUAAACCUUGCUGCCUUUACCGACAUGUUAUCUAAUAAUGCACACGUGUCCCUUUCCUGUGUAGAGGUGUACUCUUAUCUUAAGGAACAAAAGCUGCAUCCUCGUCGCUGCCUCGAGCCAUUACCGCAAACUUUCUCAGGAGGAAACGAUCCUAGCAUACCUCGACAUUGGGUGAGUGGUGAGCGUUUCAACGUCGCUUUCGAAGUCUGGAAGACGGUGUCAGUAAAUGCUAAACCGAGCAACGUCAAGCCAAAAAGAAAACAGAAGACGCUAGUGCUUGUAUUUCGGGUUGUCGUGUGUCGCUUUGGAGACGCAGCACCGACCCCCCGAAUAAUACGUGCUGCUACGCGAUGCAACGAAGCACUUGACGGCAUAAGUAUGAGUAGUCAAGUUCCGUUAAAAUUAGCAGUUGUACAUCAUGAUGGUAGCGUCGUGCUCUUCUCGAUAAGUGUACCUGCUACAAGUGCAUCUGAAUUAGCAAUAAAAUACCAUCAGACCAUAGCAACACAGAAAGUUAUCGUCAACGCUGAAUAA